AUGAUUCCCACGUCGUCUCUCUUGUUCGUUGCGUCGUUGGUUUCCAGCGUUCUGGCUGAUGGUGACUAUGCCUGGCAAGCACCGUCAGCAACUGACCGACGAAGCCCUUGCCCUAUGGUUAACACUCUAGCGAACCAUGGAUACCUCCCUCGUGACGGUCUGGCGAUCACGCUCCAAGAUCUCUUGACGGGCUUCACCAACGGAAUCAACUUGGACCCAUCGGCAACACUUCUUGUCGGCACCAAGGCCCUGGAGACAUCCACAACAGGUGACAACUCAUCUUUCAACUUGGAUGAUCUCAACAGACAUGGUAUCAUCGAACAUGACGGCAGUCUGAGCCGUGCGGACAUCUACUUUGGCGACAACCACAGCUUCAACGCGACCAUCUGGGGCACAGUAGCCUCCUUUUUCACCGAGGACACCAUCGACGUCAAGACUGCAGCCCGUGCUCGGGCAGCCCGCCUGGCAGCGGCGUCAAAGGAGAACCCAGAAUUCAACUUGACGUCAAGCGGUGUCAACUUCAGCUUGAUCGAGUCUGCCCUGUACUUGUCGGUCUUCAACAAUGGCUCAUCAUCGACUGCUGUGACGGAGUGGGUGAAGGUCAUGUUCCAGGAAGAAAGACUGCCCUAUGAGGAGGGUUUCACCAGGCCGGAAAGCAUCGUGAGCACCACUGGUAUUCUGGCGAAGCAAGCAGAAAUUGCUGCUGCAAGCAUAGGGGCAUGA